UGCUCUUUCUCUGCUGCGUCAUUAACAUCGUCCUCAUUAACUUACAUCACCACAGAGCUGGAAACGAGUCUCGUCCUCAUCCUGUCUCCCCGCCUGGGGAUGAGUAUUAGAAGCCCUUCAUUGUUCCCAGCCUCAUUAGUGUACUCUGUAUAAGACGAGGAAAGGAGUUUCGCACUGGAGAGUAAAGGAGCUCUCUAUACUGACCCGCUUGCUGCUAUGAGGAGGGGAAGCUGUGAUGAAGUUUCUAAUGAAAUACAACCGCACUUGCGCAGUCUGGCUCGGAGAAGGCGAUCAGCACCGAGUGUUGUGUUUGGGAAGACUCUGGGAAUGUCUUGGCCUUCCAUCAGGGAAGAGUGUGUGCCUGCAAUCAUGAUAGAUCAGUGUCCGUUUGUGCUCGGGCUGAGCAGUGAGGACUCGGAGCUCAUCCUUGAUGACACGGUGCAGCUCACCGAGGGACCGAAGACGAGUGAGAGACAUGUAUUCCUCUUCAGUGACGUGUUGGUCAUCGCUAAGCUCAAAUCCAGAGGCAGCUACAGACUAAAACACAGAAUUAACCUGGAGCAGCUUUGGGUCUGUGACUUUAGAGGUGAGGAUGAUGAAGGAUGUGAGGAUGAAGACAGACGUGCCCACUUAAAGAAGACAAUCAUUCUGGCCUGGUCUGUCUCUCUCUGUCUACUGACAUUCAGGUGAGUUGAUAUAAUUUGGAUUUAAAUCUGUGAGCUAGACAAUGUUCAUUUUCUGUGUCUUUUUAUGAAAGAAGUUCCACCAGAGAAUAAAACCCCAUCAUUAAUAUCAAUAAGUUCGGGAUUUUAUUCAGUAAUGUUUACACACCUAGAAGUCUUUGAACUUUUAUUGACUUUUCUAAAUGGGAAUAUUUUAUGCCGUUUCAGUGAAAACAAUUUCCAUUUCUAUGAAGAUCAAUAUUAUUGUUUUUAAAAAAGACGUCAUUUUGAGGGACUAUUUCACAGAAUUGUACCUCAGAAGUCGCCUACGCACUUUAAAACUGACUCAGGCUUUAAUCAAAGUUUUUCAGGCAAUGUACCGGAAACAGACUGUUUGAGAGACAAAAAUAGACACACACACACACACAAACACACACACACACUCCAUCAUAAACAUCAUUUUACAGUAUUUACCAGUAUACCUUGGAACACCUUAUGAACAACAAAUCAGUGUCAGAAAAAAAUAUUUCACUUUAAGGAACCUGUGAGAAUAAUCUAUGGAAUACCUGGAUGGAAAUGGCACCAAAUUUGGGGGAAAUUUGUAGACAUUUGCUGAAUAGUACGCCUUUUAAUUUUAGCAUGCCUACUUAACAUCACUGUUAGAAACUCAUGGAAUAAUUCAUUUAAACUGAGUGAAAGUGAUUACACCAAAUUUGGGGAUUUUUUUGAUGAGCUGUAAGUCCGGUUUUGUGACAAAUUGCUAAUUUUGUCUGCUUGUUUAAACUGUAUUUUAGUAUUGUUAUAAAAAUCCAUGAAAAAAUGAUUCCAUUGUAAUAAUUGUCUUGCCAAAGUUUACUGUUAUAAUAAGCUCCACUCUUCUGGGAAGAUUUUCCACUGGAUGCUGGAGUGUGGCUGUGGGGAUUUAUUCUCGUUCAGCCACAAAAGCUUUAGUGAGAUCAGGAUCUGACGUUUGGUGUCCAAACAGUUCCAGUUCAUCACAAAGUGUUCAGCGGGGUUGAGGUCAGGGCUCUGUGCAGGACACUCAAGUUCUUCCACUCUGUCCUUGGGAAACUAUGUCUUCAUGGAGCUCACUUCGUGCACAGGUUAUUGUCACGAUGGAACCAUUUUGGGCCUCUUAGUUCCAGUUAGGGGAAGCUGUAAAGCUACAGCAUAGAAACAACUGGGUGCUUCCAUCUUUGUGGGGACAUUUUGGAGAAAGAACCACAAGGGUGUGAUGGUCAAGUGUUCACAAACCUUUGGCCAUGUAGCUUCUGCUUCUUUCCUUUACAUGUACAUUGGCUGAAGAUGCUUGGUCAACCAACAAAUUAUAGCCAAACUAUCACAUUCAUUGUCAUUUCGUAUUUAUGAAUAUUAUUAUAUCGAUAUUUUGAAUAUGUUUAUGAGGUCAAAUGAGGAUUUGCUGGGUCAUGAAAAAUCAGUUACUGCCCACUGGCCAUGCAUGUUUUGUUGAAUGGAUAGUAAAAGCUGAAUAGGAAGUAAAAAAAAAAAAAAAAACCUGAAUGGGAACUGAAAUUGUGAGAAGAGAGAACUUGGUGAGAGAGGACUGAUCUUAUUGACUCUGCUAGAGCCAAUCUGUAGUGUUUGUUACUUUAUAUUAAAACCAAACUUGCAUUAAACUAAUAAAGACUCUAUUCAAAUAUCAUAUUAUACCAUGUCACCUGGCUCUCUCUUGAUCAGUGCCAUGAAUGUACACAAGAAA